GCCCGCCGCGCGCGUGGAGUUCGCAGCGCCCCGGAGGAGAAGACGGUCGGCGUGCCAUGGCGGUCACGCUCCCGGAGGUGGUGGAAGAGCUCCUGAGCGAGAUGGCCGCCGCUGUGCGGGACAGCGCGAGAAUUCCUGACGAGCUUCUCUUAUCGCUGGAGUUUGUGUUUGGGUCAUCGGCCAUCCAGGCCUUGGACCUAGUCGAUCGAGAGUCCGUCACUUUAAUCUCAUCACCCAGUGGAAGGCGUGUUUACCAGGUGCUAGGGAGUUCUGGCAAAACAUAUACAUGUCUGACUUCCUGUCAUCACUGCUCGUGCCCAGCAUUCUCCUUCUCAGUGUUACGGAAGAGUGACAGCCUGCUGUGUAAGCAUCUUCUGGCAAUUUAUCUUAGUCAGAUUCUGAGGAACUGCCAGCAGCUCAGCGUGUCUGACAAGCAACUGACAGACCUACUAUUGAUGGAGGACACAAGAGGGAUCAAAGGCGCGGCUGGGACACGGACUUCCAGGACAGAAGCCUAGCAGGAAAUGCAUUCACAGCCCACGGUGCACGAGGUGGAGGAAUGGGACGCACUUCCAGACUUGUGACUGUCGCUUCACCCUCACAGGCUAGGCUGCACAGGGGGGUCUGUGUGGUUAAGAGUCCUCUAUGGUCUUAAUAUUAACCAACCUCUGCCCUGCAGGAAGAAAUGUCCCUUGGUAGAAUUAAGUAUUGUUGACUGAAAUAAAGCCUGAGCCAUGUUGUAUCUGCAA